AUGUCUAAGAAGGUCAGCAAGGCCGGGAUCGAAACCACCCCCGACGGCUCUUCGUACAUUCCAUCGUCAAAACGCGCCGAUGGGUCUACGAGAAAAGAGAUCCGCGUGAGGCCAGGCUACAGACCGCCCGAAGACGUGGAAACCUACAAGAACCGCAGCGCCGAAGCAUGGAAGAACAGGGGUCAAGGAGGUGUUCCUGGGGCCGAGCCAGUUCAAGUUACGGAUGAUACUGCUACUAACAGCAGAAACGCCAAACGCAGGGAAGCCGCUCGGAAGAAGAAAGAUUCAGAAGAGGACAUGCAAGAACAACAACUCGCGACAGCUAUGCAAAAUGCAGGGAUAUCGGACAAAACCAAGGAGAAUUGGCGAGAUCCCAGCACCAAAUCGGCACCCGUGGCAGCCGCCACGGGGGAAGAAGUCGAUGUGCAAAAGAAAAUACGGAAUCAACUUAAGAAAUUAAAAGCGAUUCGAGAACUCAGAGAAAAGCGAGCCGCAGGGGAGAAACUGUCUCAUGAUCAGAUCAUGAAGAUUGGGAAAGAAGGUGAAUUACUGCGCGACUUGAAAAAGUUGGGCUACGAUGGCCCCGAGGUGCAGGCAGAGGCGGCAAACGAUGCAACAACUUGA